AGGUUGAAGCUUGAAGCUGGUAGUAGUACCCAAAUAAACGUCUUUAAAUUUGCUUAUUUUUGCUAAAUUCAUUUUUUACAUCAUUUUUACUCCCAUCAAAAGAGAAUCCUUUUUUUCCAGAAGAAUCUCACUGAUAGCCAUUUUCUAUUUAUUCUUAGAAAUUGUAAGUUUGGCUGUUCUUGCCACUUUUUAUUCUAUUGCAUAAUUUUCGACUAAUAUUCUUCGAAAGAAGAAUUACGUCUUUGUAGUUUUUCAUUCUCUAGAAAUGUAUCAACCAAGCGAGGAACACAUAGAGCAGGCGAAGUUGGACGAGACAGAUGAGAGAUUAUCGGAGAUCCACAACAACAUCCAUCAUAUUGAAAGAAGAAUAAGACUAGCUGAUUCAGAGAAAAAAGUUGAUGUAGAAGCCUGCAAUGUGGAGAUGAAGAAAAAUGAUCUAGAAAUAAAACAGCUCAUGAUGCAAGUCAAAGAACUGGAAGUUAAACUUAUACGAUCUCAGAAAGCUGACGAAAAUGUAAUAGCUAAAGAAUGUCGAGAAAGAUCAAAAGAACUUGGAAACUUUAAAGGAAAAUCAGCUAAGAGAAUAAGAGAACUUGAGAAUGAACAGCAAAAAUUUAACAGGGAUAUUCUUGAGUGUGAGGUAGCACAGAACAAAUACAAAACGAUGAAAGAGCAGUUACAAACGAAUCAACUCUCUUAUCCAGUACUUCUGCUGAAUGUUGAAAGAGAAUACGAGUCUCAACAAGAAGACGCUAGUCUUUUAGAUAUAAGAGGAAUCGAAAAUCCUGAGACACUAACAUCAAAAGGAAUUGGCAACGGAGAUUUUGGAAUGAAAGAAACGACUCAUGAAGAUAAAAAAUCAAUACCGUUUAAUAUUAAAAUAGAUCAACCGGAAACAUUUGCAGCUUCUGAACAAGAAAUGGAACUACGAGAAAUGCAAGAGAGUUUCGAUAGAAUUAAAGAAGUGACGCAUGCAUCUGGCAUACAAGCAAGUCGAAACUUAUUUAAUUUGAUCAGUUUUCGUACUGUAUGUGUUUAAUCAAACAAUCACAGCAGCACGUAGUUAAUUUUAUUUUUGCCCUCAUUAAUUAUCGCUAGUUUAGUGUAAUCCAAAUAAAAAUAAAAAAUGCAACCAUUAAAUAUGAAAAGGAAGAAACUAUCCCCUCCAAAAAAAGUUUCUGUAAAACGGAAUUUAUUUCUAAAAAACAACGAUUAUUGCAAUUUUCAACUCAUUAUAAUUAAAGAGGCGUUCGAUUUGAUUAUGAAAA